UGGUGGUGAUGAGUGGAGAGAAGAGCUGCAGCAAGUGUAAAUGGUCACAGGUUGCAAUGGGCCACAAGGAGCUGCUCAGCCAUGUCAGAUGGCCUGUACAGUCUUUGCACGGAAAAAUCAUUAUGGCCCGAGAGGAAGUGUAGCUCUUGACCCCAACGUACUCGUCGUCCAGUCUCGCGGGGUCCGUUGCGUUCGUCUGCUGUCGCGCGGGGGCUCUAGCUAUGGUGUCGUGAGAAUAGAGACGUCUCUCUCAGUGGCAGGUAGGGUGACGGCAAGAGAUGGCCGACUGCUGCGGCGAUAUGACGUUUCAGGGUGGUGAGGUUUGGGAGGUGAACCAGCACCAAACUUGAGUGCUGCGUGAUAAAACAGCAUGAAAUGGUUAUUUGUAGUGGAUGUCGUGAUGGCCGAAGAUUGCUCAUGUUGAGCUGUCCGGAGGUGUGUGGUGUUGGUGGUCGUUUAUAUUCAACAUACUGCGUUACUGCAAUAGAUUUCUACGCGUGAUUUUGUGUCCCAGCAUUGGACCUCAAGUUCCUUGCGUAAAACAAUUUUUUUAUGAAGAGGGAGCCAGGCACAUUAUCUUUUCUGAAAAGGAGAUUGUCACGGUGUUGUUCGCAACCAUCAACUGCAGCAAAUUAGAAAUACUAAUAGUUGCAAAGCUCGAAACUUGUUACAAAACAUUAUCGUGAGUGAAGAGCUGUGGUUCCACGGUGGCUUAGGAUGGAGGACGAGCAAUGGAAGCGUCGAGACUUUACCCAAAUUAAGCCGCGGCGUCCUGAAGGGACAGCAGUUGCAGAGUUUUGCGCUGAUUGGGAGUCGACCAUGUCAUUUCUGUUUCUGUGGCCGCCCGGCGAGUCAACAAACUUCGACGGGAAAGAUCAGACCGAAGUCGACGGGGUGACUAACGUUGAGGAUUCGGACAAACGUAGUUAUGAGGUGCAAGCAGGUCGCGACCGGGUUGACGGCAGUGAGGUGAAGCAGCUAUCAAGCGAGGAAUUACUAAAAGAAUUUGAGUUUAGUAGCAUGUCAACAUCGUCCUCGGCAGUGGUGGAGCACCAGUACCCUUCAGGUAGCUCUCCAGCCGAUGAGCUAUUUUUUAAGGGACAGCUGCUGCCGCUCCAUCUUCCUCCACGAAUUCAGAUGGUGAAAAAACUGUCAUUGGAUGGGCAGCAGCAGUGGCCACAAGAGCUGAAACAUCUAGCAGAUCCUGCGGGGCCUGACUGCAGAAACCAGUGCGAGGAUACUGUCACGCAUGGGAAUCCGCCGCUGUCGCAGGCACGAUUUGCACGCUUGUUUCAGCCGAAGCACAACUCAAGGGAAGUCUCAGUCCCUGUCUCUAAUACUCCGAACCUCUUGUCCUCGUCCUCAACCACAUGGUGGGACCCUCGGGAGCUGGCUCAGGAGAACGCCGGCUACACCUCCAGCCGCGCAUCCUUCACUUCAACCGACCGGGACUCCUCCGGCGAAUGCAGCAGCUCCCGUGACUCGAGCGGAAGUUCACAGGAUGGAUUCGAUAGCGGCAAAGAGACUUUAUUCACAGCCUCCCGCAACCUCGAAAGUAAAUGGACAUUUAUGCACAACCGGGAGGUUUUCAGCACGCACAGCACGGUCUGCGACCACCGCCGCCGCCCAAUCGGUAUCUCCACAUGGCUCAGACCCCCGUUCAAGUGGAAGGUCCUGUUUGGUGCGAAGAAAUCAUCGCUGUUGAAGCCGCUGGACGUUCCCAUGGACGUCUCGGCCACUUCGACGCAAGACGUCGGCCACCUGCAGGAUGCUAACCAGCCGAACGAGCAAUUCAGUUCAGACCAUCGCGUUUUCUUUUCCAGCUCGCCCGCGUCUUCGGACCACAGAUACUACAGCGAUUGCAGCGGGGAGUUGGCGCCGAGCGGGGAUUUGCUCCUGAAUUCUGGAGCUUCCGUUCACGGAGUAGGCGUGGAGCAGGACAAGCACUACUACCAUCGCAGCAUGGAAAAGGUCAAAGGCUACGUGCACCGCUACAUGAAGGUGCUGCAGAAAAAAACCGGCAGCCAAGGCGACUGUGCAGAUCAAGCUCCCGGUAGCACUCACAGCCUCCCCACGCCUGCCAUCACCAACACAAGGAGCUUCCCCCCAUUCACCCAGAGCUUCCGAUUCUCCGCGGAGGACAUGAUCCCCCUUUGCAUGAUCAGGAAGCCACCACAACCACCUGUGCCAUCCGUCAGGCGCCGUCCGAGCACCAGCUGCUCGAGCUCAGAGCUCCACAGCGCUAUCCAGGGCGCCAUCGCGCAUUGCAAAGAGUCUCAAAGCAAAAAGGACGACGCUUGAGAAACAUGAGCCUCCCCGAAAACCCACAUACGAGUUAGUUCGAUUAUGUAUGCUUGUGUGUCUGCCUGUCGAAAUCUUUGCUUGAUACGUUUGCUAGAUGCGUUCACAGGAGUGGUUCGCUCUAGCAGCUCAUAUCAUGGCUGCAACACCUUCGACAUGCCAGUUUUUGAAUGAAAAGAAACAAUGCAUUGAAUUUUUUAUCGAGAUCAGCGAGUUUUCUCUUCUCUACCUGACGCAACAACAUCGGACAUACAGUCUAGAUCCUCUCCUUGUAGGCAAACAGGAAUCCGUGAGGUUGUUCUAUCCUCUGACGUGGACAACAAUCCUUGUAGGACCCUAGACAAUAUCCAGCAUUGGCAGUGUACACAAUCCUCAACUGAUCGUUGAGGUUUUUGCGUUGUGUCUGAAACCUGGAUUCUCUGGAACCCGAA